AUUGGUGUGGGUAAUCACGAGAUGGCUAUAAAUUGAACUGUACUCGGUUGCUGCGGGGCUGGACCCCUUAUGCGACCCUCUUUUUGCGCACCGAAGUAAGGCCUAUUUGGCUCGAAACCUUUACGCGAAGGCUCUUGCUGCCGACAAGGUGCAGAAUCUCGAGUCUCCUUUAUUUGAAUUUUCUUGUUUGAAGAUGGCGAGGACCGAGGUAACUACUAGUACUAAAUCGCUUUCGUUGUUUGUCCAUGCUUUACAAUAUGCUACAUAGGGCCAUUGUCACGGUUCAGCCAACAAAAACCAACACUUGGUCUCCUGAUCAAGCACCCCCAGGUCUUCGCUUUCAGCAGUCCGCUAUGGCACGUACCAAGCAAACGCCUCUAAGAGGGCUUGGUAGGAUGACAGCUACUAGGGUCAAAUUGGAGGUGGUAAAUGUGACAUCCCUGAAACUUGAACAAGUUGCAAAAGUAGCAGCACUGCCACAGGUCCUUGAAACGGCGCGAUCUUACUCGGAUGUCCAUGCAGGACUGCUAAAAAAUGAUUUGUGUGUGCUCUGUCGAGACGGAAUGGGACCAGCCGAUUUCAUUUAUGAAUGUGAUGAGCCUGGCUGUCCUCAUGUCAUGUGCACACGGUGCAUGGUUAUUCCGAACGACUGCUUGCAGGAUAUUACACAGCCCGAUGUGAAGUUUCGCUGCAUCCACUGCCAUACCGCCUUCGAUAAGAAGUCAGAUGAAUUCACGCCGUAUUAUGGAUUUUUUAAGGAUGGCAAUCCCAUUCUCUCGUCAUUCCUGCCCAUUCUUGGCCAGCUGCAAUUAUCGAAACGUUCCCAAAUAUCUUCGACCCCCAUCCUCCUCAUCCAUUUCAAGCUUGUUGGCUCGGGGACCCCUGCGAGCCCAAUUGACGCGCUCCACUCUUACCUUUCACCGUAUUUUCCAAAUGGCGGCCUCCGCAUGGUUGAGAUGGUGUUUGACCUUGGUACUAAUUUCAAGAUCGAUGACUACUCUCAGCGGUGCGAGACGAUUGUGAACGAUGUAAUGGAAGAUCGCAACUACCAGACUGUGUCCAUUGCAAUCUCUAAUUACACAAACGAUGAGAACGGCGACCCAUUUCUUGGUUACAACAAGGCAAAAAACGGAAGCUACAUCGCCACCACUGUUGCUAAUUUUAUGGAUGUUUUACUCGACCCGUGGUGCAAAGUGAUUCGACGUGCGAAGAACACAACCCUGUUUUAUUUGGGCUGUGGAGCUAUCGUCGCUCAACCUGAAGGUUUUCGUGGUUUGCGUUUGUCUGUUGUCAAGCACAAGCUUCCAUCUGCAAUUGCAUUCACCGCCAAGCACUUCCGCCCGGCUUUCAUCACCCGCCUUCUGAUCUCAUUCGCUCAGUCCGUCCUUAUUGAAGUUUUGUCAGUGCGUGAAGCAUUCCCUGGCAUCCUUGAUCAAUCAGGAUUGGGUAUGCACACAGAGGUCAUUCUGAUGACUGAGGACUGUGAACCAACGGCGCCGCUGCAAUGCACUCGUUACUCGUUCGCUCAUGCCAAUGCUCGUCCGUGGGGAAAUGAACUUCCUAUACAGUGUCCGCAGUGUGGGUGCUCAACGUCGUGGAAUCGGAUCAAGUCCAGCGCAUCGGAGAAGUGUAUAGUCUUCCAGUGUUCAUUUGCAGGUUGUGGUCGUGUCAAUGGCAAGCAAGGAGGAAGACCUCGCGAGAAGUACACUUUCACCUGCAAGGCUCCACAGGGCUCGAAAAUACUUCCAGGGCUCAGGCAAAAUGCCGUGUGGUUGGAGAUUCCUCUUGAAUUCCCCAGACUCGGACCAAAUGCCGUGGCUGGGUUUUCGGCCUCACAGUGAUGCUGAUCGGUCUGACGUCGAGUUUUUGCAUAUACCUUACGAUUCCGCAUCAAUUGACUCGUUUCUCAUGUCGCAUUCAAGUUGAAAGUGAAAUGCUACUA